AGUCCGUUACGGGCCUUUUAAAAACUGACACUGACGUUACUGUAUGGUUUACUGCGAUUACAGCGUGGUGACGAGAAAAACAUUUUCAAUUAAAAUUUCCCAUAAACUUGGAAAGAUGUCACCAUUUCCGCUUUAUCACACAACAGAAAAUCAAUUCUGCAGUAAAAUUUACAUUUUGAGGUUAUGCUGUCCAGAGCAUCAUUUAAAAAUUAAAACAACCCAAACAACCUCAUAAACGCCAAACCAAAAUGUCGAGUUUGGAAUACUGUGAAACCCCGACAGAACACUCCAAGUCUUCCUUAAGAAAAGUCCAACAUUGUAAAGUUUGCCCGUACUUUACAACAUCAUUAUUGUUAAUGAUACACCACCUCAGAUGCCACCCUUCAUCAUCGACGCUUUUCAACUGCGAAAAUAGCAACAUUGAAAGUUACAACUGCCCAACCUGCAAUUUUCAAACCAAAUUAACACUUAUUUUUAAACAACAUGUAGAAGGGCACCACGGAAUUAAAAGAGAAGAAUCAUUGAGUGAAGAAUACACAGUUCAGAAAUAUUUUUGUGACAAGUGUGGUUUUAACACGAAUUUUUCAAUCAAGUGGCUUCAGCAUACCUCAGUAUGUGUGGACUAUAAAGCGAAUUGUGUAAAAGAAGACGAAAAAAUUAAACAGACCUGGUACAACUGCAACGACUGUAAAUUCAAAUCAAAAUAUAAGAAAAAUCUGACACAACACAGAUACUCAAAACACUUAAAAGACGACAAAAUCUCGUGGUAUAAGUGCUUAAACUGUUCAUACAAGUCUAAACGAAAAUGGUGUUUAAAAAUCCACGUAAACGCACACCAUGUGGACGAAAAGGACAUCACAUGGUACAAGUGCACACAAUGCCAAUUCAAAACUAAGUACAAAUCUGCUUUAAAAGUACAUGUAAACAUUCGCCACUUAAAUAAGCUAGAUUUUAAAUGGUACGAGUGUGAAAAGUGUCCAUACAAAACUAGAAAGAUUUCCCAUUUGAAAAGACACACGAUUUUGCGCCAUUUAGACAACCAGGACGUCGAAUGGUGUGAGUGCAAAAAAUGCCCAUAUAGAGGUAAAUCCAAAGAGAACUUGAAACGUCACAUAAAAACGCGCCACAUGGUUAAGCAAAACAUCACGCUGUAUGAAUGCAAAAAGUGCCCAUAUAAAGCUAAACAAAAGUCGCAUUUACAAUGCCACUUUAACGCCCACCAUUUGGAGGAAAAAGAUAUUAAAUGGUACGAGUGUGACAAGUGCCCGUAUAAAGCUAAACAAAAAGUAAAUUUAAAAUGCCACGUCAGGAAAUACCACUUGGAGAUUAAAUGUGAACAUGUAACAGUCCACCAUUUGGAUGAACACAAUAUCAAGUGGUACAAAUGCAAAAUGUGUUCGUAUAAAGCUAUUAGAAAGUCUGAUUUGAACAAACACAAGAUAAUUGUCCACCACGCAGAAAAAAGUUAAACGACGUCAUUGAAAAGGCAUCCAGGCAAGUACGACUUUCAUUUAAAGAUAUUUUUCUAAGUGUAAC